UGCCUGCCUUCAGAUUCACGGAUGGCGGAGGCAGCAAAACGUCGUCGUCUUGCCGAAGUAUUUGACGAGCUAGACGAUGUCAGCAGCGAUAGCUGCUGGAGCUCUACGUCCGAGUCGAGUUCAAGCAGCAGCGACGAUGACGACGAAGUGUAUGCAGCAGCGUUUCAGCAGCUCUUUUCUCUGCCAGAGCGAAGGCCGAAAGUGGAAGCAUAUGUUACAAAGACGGUGGCUAGCUACUCCGACGAGGAGUUCAAAAGAAAUUUCCGCGUCACGCGGCCGGUCGUGGACUUCUUGGCAGCAGAAUUCGCCAAGUCACCGCACUGCCCUCAGAACAGUGAUCAUGGUGGCCUGCCUGCCAAGUCGGCUGAAGAACACAUUCUCUCCUUUCUUUGGUAUGCAGCCAACAAAGCAUGCAUUAGAGAUGUCGCUGGCCGCUUUGAAGUCGCAGAAAGCACUCACCACAGAAUGAUGGGCCGAGUAACUGCAUUCCUGCUCGACAUAGCACCGAAUGUAAUCAAGUUCCCCAGUGACCUGCAGAAGCUUGCUGUGGAUUUUGAGAAGCUGUCGGGAUUCCCAGACACAAUUGGGUGUGUUGACGGAAGCUACAUGCCUAUCAGGUGCCCAGCCAGGAAAGUGCGAUCUGUUUUAUAUAAACCGGCACCAUUACCUAUCCUUGACACUUCAAGGUGUUUGUGA